UUACUCCUUUUUAUCCUUUCUCCAUGUGUGCCUUGGCCCUUCGCGAGCCAUAGUUGGACUCAGACAGUCUCCAAUCCAUCGUCACAGCCCUUCUCUUACUCUCUCUCUCCCUCCCUCUAUAUAUAUUUUUAUAUAAAUAUAUAUAGAUAUCUUCAGCUGUGUUUGGAAUCUGCAAAUUCAACAUCAAAAUGGGGUCUGAAGGAUCAAGCGUUGUCGUUCCGAGGAAUUUCAGAUUGUUGGAAGAGCUCGAGAGGGGUGAAAAAGGAAUUGGGGAUGGCACUGUUAGCUAUGGGAUGGAUGAUGCCGAUGAUAUAUAUAUGCAGUCAUGGACGGGGACAAUCAUUGGCCCCCCCAAUACUGUGCAUGAAGGGAGAAUUUGCCAGUUGAAACUGUUCUGUGGAAAGGAUUAUCCGGAUAAUCCACCAACUGUUAGGUUCCAAACAAGGAUUAACAUGACAUGUGUCAAUCAGGAAACUGGAGUGGUUGAACCCAGUCUUUUCCCCAUGCUUGCAAAUUGGCGAAGGGAAUAUACAAUGGAGGACAUAUUGACACAAUUGAAGAAAGAGAUGAUGUCACCACAAAACCGAAAGCUCGCUCAGCCACCUGAAGGCAAUGAAGAUGGAAGGGGUGAUCAAAAGGGGCUUGUGGUGAAAUGUUGCAUUUUCUAAGGUGAGACUUGUAUGAGCAUAUGAUACCGUAUAUAGCAUAUAGGUUGAGUGAUACCAGUUACGGAGCAUAUAGGUUGAGUGAUACCAGUUAAGGAGCAUCUUUGUGCUAAUCCUGACAAAUGUAAUUAAGAAUUGCUCCCAUCUGGAACCAUGAGCUGUUUGUGAGAUGUAACCCUAUCCGUUACUGUUUGAGGCUGCAGUUCAGAAUAUGAACUCUUUGAGCCUGCAGUUCAAAAUGUAAUUGAGGACUGUUCUAUGAGGAACCUUGAUUGGCAAUUCAAGACCCCAUUUCAAUGAACUUUGAGCCGUAUUUAAUCGGUUACUAUGA